GUUGUAACACAUCUGCCAGGCACAUGUGAUUGAUGUAACUAAUAAUAAAGUUAUACUUCUUGUGGACUUGUGGGAAAAAGGUCUGACACUUUGUCAAGAUGCCCGAGGUUCGUGUGGACGAGGUACAGAGGUUCAUGGAGGAAGCCCUGAGGGCCGCGGGCGCUCCGCCCUCGGAGGCGGAGGCCCACGCGGCCCUACUGCUGCAUGCUGACACCACAGGGCAUUUUAGCCAUGGCUUGAACAGACUAGUAUUCUACAUAAACGACAUCAAAAAAGGCGCUGUGAACGCCAACGCCAAGCCAACGAUAUUGAAGGAAGCUGCCGCUACAGCGUGGGUGGACGGCGGAAGCGGCCUUGGAGCCACUGUGGGCAACUUCUGCAUGGACCUGGCCAUCAAGAAGGCGAGGGAAUCUGGCGUUGGAGUCGUCUCUGCUAAAGGUUGCACCCAUUUCGGGAUGGCAGGCUAUUGGGCGCUGAAGGCAGAGCGGCAGGGCCUCAUUGGACUGGCCUUCACGAACUCUUCGCCAGUUAUGGUGCCGACCAGGGCUAAAGAUGCAGCUAUGGGAACAAACCCCAUAGCGUUUUUUGCGCCCGCAGCAAACGGUGAUUCAUUAGGAGUGGACAUGGCAAGCACAGCAGUGGCUUUGGGAAAGAUAGAAGUCCAAAUUCACAAGGGAGAACCAAUACCAGAGGGGUGGGCUUACGGUCCGGACGGAAAACCAACCACAGAUGCACAGUUGGCCUUCGACACUUAUCGCCUAAUGCCCCUCGGCGGUAUGGAAGCAACCAGCGGAUACAAGGGAUAUGGCCUGUCCGCGGCUAUCGAGGUGCUAUGCGGGGGACUUUCUGGUGCCAACAUGUCGUACCAGAACGGUCCGUGGAGCAUCGAAGGUGCUGCCAGCGCACCUAACUUGGGACAGUGCUUCAUGGCCAUCGACCCGGGACAGUUUGCCCCUGGCUUCGGCGAACGUAUAGCAGCGGGACUGCAGCACUGGAGGAGCUUAGAACCGAUGGACCCAUCCCUGCCAGUGCUAGCGCCUGGAGACAAGGAACGCGCCAACGCGGAACAAACCAAGAAGAAAGGAACAAUCUCGUACGCCCGGAACAUGAUCGAUAUGUAUGCGCGAGUGGCGCAGCAUUUAGGUGUGAAGCCGAUGGAAAUCUUGGAAUAAACGAAAGAAGGAAAA